AUGGUAAGCCUUUUUUGUGCGACAGUCUUAAGAUCCGAGGUCGCUGAAGUAGAAGAGAUCGGCUGUAAAUACGGACAUGGGCUAUUGGAUUCUCAAGGAUGUAACGAGCUAAAGACGAUUGCUCGCAAUACAAGAAAGUUUUAUGAAGUUGUAAAAAGGCUUGAAAGUGUUGAUCAAGCUGCUGCCACAUUCUCGCAAGAAAUUCCGAUCCUUAAGAAAAAUCCGUCAAAAUCGAGUGAUCGAGACUACAUAGUCUCGGUGACGCUGGUCAUGGCAUACUACAGAUUCGUAAGAUCCUGA